AUGGCUGAAUCAUCGCCCGAAUGUUUGGAUGAUGUUUUCUUUUCGAACGGAAAUUCUCCGCGAGAAAAACGUGGCAGAAGAGCUGUCAGAUGGAUGUCGGUUAGGGAAAAACCGACAACUGAACCGCCACCAGAUGAAAUAAAUGGAAGAAUGAGGAAAGGGCAUCGAAGAUUGAAAAGAACGGGAACUGCACCGGCAGGGACGGGU